AUGAAGACGCUACUCUUUAUGUUUCCUCGGAUUUGGCAGAUUGAGAAUAGGGUUGUGGGAGCAGAUCUCGGAUUGGGUAAGUUUCAAUUCGAUUUUGAAAAUGAAGAAGAUAUAACGAAGGUGCUGAAUAUCGAGCCAUUCCAUUUCGAUCACUGGAUGGUGGCGAUGGUCCGCUGGGAGCCGUCGGUUGACCCUGAAUAUCUGUCAAUGAUUACUUUCUGGAUAAGGGUACUCGGUAUACCUUUACAAUUCUGGGCAGAGCCGACUUUUCGGAGUAUUGGCGAGGAUCUGGGCAAGGUUGAGGAAAUUGAUAUUCAUGGCGGUCGGGUGAAGGUGAUCUUAAACGGAUUAAAGCCGCUGUGUUUCGCCACAGAGCUUGAUUUUGGUAAUGGGGUGGAGAUUCCGGUGAAGUUGCGUUACGAGCGGUUAUUUGGGUUCUGUAGCUUGUGUUAUAGUCUUUGUCAUGAUGAGGAUGAAUGUGAGAAGCAGAUUAUUAAGAGGGUGCAACCUACUGCUUCUGGAGGAGAUCGGCCCAAACCUUCUGAGGAAGAUAGGGACAGAAGACAUCACAACUACAAAGGGGCAGUGGAGAGUCAAAAGAGAAAUCUGGAUAAAGGGAAGGGUGGAGAGAAUGAGAAAAGGGGAGAGGGUAGCAGAGUUAAAUCUGGUCAUUAUCACGGUGAACCCUCGUAUCGGGCACGCAGGUUUACAAGCUAUUCUCAGCUCAAUGACCAUCGCCGCGUUAUUUAUGAUGAGGAGACUAAAGAGGAGACAAUAGUGGAGCCAUCAGAGGUAGGGUUGGAUCGUAACUCAUCAAAGCUGGUUCGUAAAUCUUUGUUCCAGGAUUCCACGGUUGUGCCAGCAAACUCGGUUGCCAGGGUAGAAGCAAGCAUGGAAUCGGUUACGUUAUCUCCUGGUCCUGUUCUUGAAGCGGUGAACACGGCUGAGCUGAUAAGCGGUGAAGAGGCGGUACUGUUGGAGCAGUUAAUCAUUCCAGAGCAGCAAAGUAUUGCCAAUGUACCAUUAGCUUCUAUAGAUGAAGAUAGUGGUUAUGAUGAGGUUUUUCAGGAUCCGAGUGUGGUGUUUGGGGCUGGGCUGGAAUGUGGGGAGCUGGGUAGAGUUUUAACACACGAGGUAUUGCUUGGAGAAGAAGAAAAUGAAGACAGUGGACAGGAGAUAGAAACAGAUGGGGGGGAUGAUGAUUUGGAACAGGUUGAGAAGCUGGACCAUGAGGAUAAGGGGCUGGAGCGUAGUCGUCGGGUUCGGGGUCCUGUUUUGGCAGGUGCGGGUUCGAAGAAGCGUUUGGCUCAAAUGAUGUCUACACCUCGAAAGAGGCAAGCGCCCAAACAAGGUGAUGGAGGUACUACAAAGGCCCGAGAAAUGGACAAGGGCGGUCAUGGUGGUUCCAAGCCACCCAAACCUCAUAUUGCAAAAUGA